AUGGCAACCGACAUCAAGCUCGAGCUCUCAGACAAGGAGCAGCAGCUCCGCGGCCUGCUCCUCGACGUCGCCCGAUCCAUCGACGAGUCAGCGGCAGGACAGGGCUCGGCCGAGCCAGUGACCCUGCGCUGGGCGGGCGGCUGGGUGCGUGACCGGCUGCUGGGCAUCGAGAGCCACGACAUCGACGUGGCCAUCAACACCAUGACGGGCAUCCACUUCGCCCAGCACAUGCGCGACUACUGCGAGACGCCCGCGGCCAAGGCCAAGCACGGCAUCGCCGAGAAGGACGUGGGCAACCUGCACCACGUCGCCAGCAACCCCGAGAAGUCCAAGCACCUCGAGACGGCCAUGGUGCGCAUGUUCGGGCUCGACCUGGACUUUGUCAAUCUGCGCAAGGAGACGUACACGGACCAGAGCCGGAACCCGCAGAUGGAGUUCGGGACGGCCGAGGAGGACGCGCUCCGGCGGGAUGCCACCAUCAACGCCCUCUUCUACAACCUCAACAAGGAUAUUGUGGAGGAUUUCACCGGGGGGGUUCCUGACAUGGCCGCCAAGCUUAUCAAGACUCCCCUUGAGCCUUUGCAGACCUUUACUGAUGAUCCUUUGCGGAUUUUGCGCCUGGUGAGAUUCGCCAGUCGUCUGGAGUUCAGCAUUGACCCAUCAACGGAAAAGUUCAUGGGGGAUUCCAAGGUCUUGGAUGCUCUGCGAGUCAAAAUUAGCCGAGAGAGAGUAGGCAUUGAACUAGAGAAGAUGUUGCAAGGAAAACAUCCCGCCCAGGCUCUGCGAUUCAUCAACCGCCUAGGUCUAUACCGUGCCAUCUUCAGCGACCCAGAGCAGGAACCCCCUGAGCUCAUCUUGCUCCCGCGAUGGGCUGUGGCCUACGAAUGCCUGGACAGCCUGAUCAAGCAACAGACCCCUCAGUCCAUUGCCGACCUCCUCAUCAGGACCGACGAGGCCUCCUACACGGCAUGGAACCUCGCGGCCGUGGCUCCAUGGAUGAUUAUUCAAGAUCCUCCAAAUGUGCCCCGGAAGGCCAGCCACCCUCCUCCGGUUGGGGUGGUCGCCCGCAACGGAUUCAAGGCUCCAAAUAGGCUGGCGGAUGUGAUUGGUGCUGCGCAUCGCCAUCGAGAAGAGAUCCUGAAGCUGAAGCUGGCCGUCAAGGCUGGCGAGGCGUGGGCCAAGGAGAGAGAUACGGUCGGCAUGAUGAUCCGGCGGUGGGACCACUUCGGUUCCUGGAAGCUUCAAGUCCUCAACGCACUCCUCGUGGAUGCCAUGGAGCAGCUCGAGGAAUGGAAAGAGCAGAGUACCAAGGAACAAGACGACUUCCUUCGAGACUGGCAGAAUCUUCUGGACCACCUCAUCGAGCUGGACGUGGUCGACGCCCCUAAUAUCAAACGACUUGUUGACGGGCGGGCAUUGAGCAAGGCUCUGGGUAUUAAACCGGGCGUUUGGACCGGGAAAGCCCUGGAUGUCUGCAUGGGAUGGCAGCUACGGAACCCCAAUGAGACAGAUAUUGCUGGAGCUGUCGAGGAGGUGCGGAAGAAGAAGGAUGAGUUGGGGAUUCCCAUCUAA